AGUAGCUCGCAGUUUUACGUAGAACAAAACUGUGAGUAAUCAUCGCGUGUGUUUAUUAUUUUAACUUGAACUGGCGUUCGACGCAAAUAACUAAUAACAUUGCUGUUCAUCACAGAUCGGCUGUUUAGUCAUCAGACACAGUGUUUAAUCGGAUUUAUGUGCUGUGAUGGCGAUUCUGUUUGCGGUGGUGGCUCGUGGUUCCACGGUUCUGGCCAAACAUGCUCGUUUCUCCGGAAACUUUCUGGAGGUGACGGAACAGAUUCUGGCUAAAAUCCCAUCUGAAAACAACAAACUCACAUACUCUCAUGGCAGCUAUCUCUUUCACUACAUUUGCCACGAGAGGAUUGUCUAUCUGUGCAUUACUGAUGAUGAGUUUGAGCGGUCCCGUGCUUUUGGCUUCUUAAAUGAAGUGAAGAAGAGAUUUCAGAGCACAUACGGGUCGCGUGCACAGACAGCUCUCCCCUACGCCAUGAACAGUGAGUUCUCCAACACGCUGGCUGUACAAAUGAAACAUCAUUCAGACCCAAAAGGCUCAGACACUCUGACAGAAACACAGGUGCAGGUGGAUGACCUGAAAGGCAUUAUGGUCCGAAACAUUGAUCUCGUAGCACAGAGAGGAGAGAAGCUAGAGCUCCUUAUCGAUAAAACUGAGAACUUGGUAGAUUCUUCUGUCACCUUUAAAACAACAAGCCGUAACCUGGCACAUGCCAUGUGUAUGAAGAACCUUAAGUUAACAGUCAUUAUCAUAGUAAUUCUACUGGUGGUGUUGUACAUAAUAGUGACUGCUGCUUGUGGAGGACUCAGCUGGCCAAGCUGUCGGAAGAAGUAGAGCACGCAUGAAAUAUGAUGGUUCAUCGGUCUACAAGAAUUUAAGAGACCAUUUGUUUUCUCCUAAUCACUUUUUGUUUUUCUUCGACUCACUUUAUCCUCAUUUGACUUUCAACAAUGAUGCUGGCAAACAGAAAGACGCUGAACUCCUCAAACAAAUAGCAGAGAUCUUCAGUGCUCCAAUCAACGCAUUAUAUAUUUUUGGUUCAGAUAUGUUAUGUUAAUGCUAUAGUUUUAUUUAUUUUUAUUUUUUUUCCUAAGUGUGUAAUGCAGAUAUACUUUGGUGAGAUAAGAUGGGUAAUUUUAAAGUCACUCAUAAAAUGCACAUUCUGUCAACAUUUGCAAUAAUAAGCUCAAAAACAAAGCAUAAAAAUAGUAAUACAUUGCCAUGUAAUUUCUUUGUCUGACGGACAGAUGGAUAUUUACUGAAUUUCAUAAUUUGCUGUACUAAAUUAUGAUAUUCUACUUAUUAUAUUUCACAAGUUGCAGUGUGGCGUUUUUCAAAUGCAUCACAUUUAGAUUUCUUUCCACUGAAUUACUUCCAUUAAGCUCUCUUAACCCUUAUUUGUUGUUGGAGACGUUUUCAUCCACUAUGGGUUUUUUUUUCUCUUAAUUUAGCCACAACUUUCUCUGUUUCAUCAAAUGGAAUGAUUUGUUUGUGACAAAUCUUAUAUUUACACAUAUUUUGGGAAAAUGCUUUGAAAUUUUUCAAAAACUCAACAAUUCAUUGUGGGCAAAUUUACUACCCUUUCGUGUUCGUAGAUGAAAACAUCAACUAUAUUAAACAACUGUAAAAUUUUA